UCACCCGGAAGAGAAGGACCGUGGGGAAACCUAUGGUGAAAACCACGGUAGAGAAUUUUUUGUGUACGGUCCACACAACUACUCAUAAUUUAUUUUGCUAAUUAGAUCUUCCAGCGAGUUAAGAAACAGUACCUACUGAGGUAUUCGUGCAGGAGGAUUCAGCAUCGUCGUGCUCACGGUAGAGAUGUCGGUCGCGCCUCCAAAUCGCUCCAAUGCAGGCUGGCCGCGCAGUGGUGCCGUUCAGUUUGGGAACAAAUACAUCACCGGGCCUGCUAAACCGCUCACACUGGAGAGGACCAUCAACCUAUACCCUCUUACCAACUACACAUUCGGCACUAAGGAGCCUCUUUAUGAGAAGGACAGCUCAGUGGCUGCCCGUUUCCAGCGGAUGCGGGAAGAAUUUGAUAAAAUGGGAAUGCGCAGGACAGUGGAAGGUGUUCUAAUUGUCCAUGAACACAGGCUGCCUCAUGUUUUACUUCUUCAGCUGGGAACAACUUUCUUCAAACUGCCUGGUGGCGAGUUGAGUCCUGGAGAAGAUGAGGUGGAGGGUCUGAAACGCCUGAUGACUGAGAUCCUUGGUCGACAAGACGGUGUGAAGCAGGACUGGGUGAUCGAUGACUGUAUUGGCAACUGGUGGCGCCCCAACUUUGAGCCUCCACAGUAUCCCUAUAUUCCAGCUCACAUCACCAAACCAAAGGAGCAUAAAAAGCUUUUCUUGGUUCAGUUGCAGGAAAAAGCGCUGUUUGCUGUCCCCAAAAACUAUAAACUGGUGGCAGCACCAUUGUUUGAACUGUACGACAACGCGCCUGGAUAUGGACCAAUCAUUUCCAGUCUACCACAGUUGUUGAGCAGGUUCAACUUCAUUUACAACUAACGUGUGUGAUCAGAAGACCAUCCGGCUGUCUCUGUGAGUGCAGCUCUGUCUGAGUGCGGAUGAAAGACAAUGUGAUGGAAAGAUAUACGUCUCAUCUAUAGCUCAACUUUCACGAAAAGGACAUUGUCAUGUUUCACAGGGGGUGUUUAUACUGUUAGAAGAAAAUGUCAUGUAUCUGUCUUUUUUUUAUCUUGGAAAAAAAACUGCUUGUUUUGUAGUAUACAGGUCUGUAAUUCAGUGUGGAUUAGUAUCAGAUUUUACAUCCUCUCAGUUGAGGCCGAUGUUUGAUUAAACAAAUGACAUCAUUGACUUUCCUGUUGUUUUAACCUGUAACGAUGCUGUGUUUUCUUUUAUUUUUAAUAAAGCAGUCCUUUGGGUAUGUUUUUAUAAAGUGAA